AUGGACGACCAAACAAACGAUAGCGCGGCGGUGGAAUCGUUCACUCUCCAUAUCCCACAGGGAGACAUUGAUGAUUUGAAGCAGCGCAUUGCUCAAACGAGAUGGGCAGACAAAGAGGUGACCGAUGGAUCAUUCCAGGGUACACCUUUGAGCAUGGCUCAGAAGACAACAAAGAUUGACAAUUUGAGCAUUCACUUUUUCCACAUUCGGCCAAAAGAGCCUAAUGCAAAGGCAAUUCUUCUCACACAUGGCUGGCCGGGGUCGUUUGUUGAGUUUCUGAAAUGCAUCCCGUUACUCAUUGAUCCAGCUUCGAAUGGUGGUCGCUCUGGCGAAGCUUUCCAUGUCAUUAUCCCCAGUUUACCUGGCUGGGGUUUUACAGAGCAACCGAAAGAAAUUGGAUGGAAUAUGGAGCAUACAGCUAAGGCCCUCGUUACAUUAAUGGAACAACGCCUCGGCUAUGAGAAAUGGUUUGCGCAAGGUGGUGAUUACGGAGCCGCAAUAACGACAUUGAUGGCGCAAAUGCGACCUAAGGGCCUUGUGGCCAUUCACCUUAAUCUCCUUUUAGCCAUCCCCAAAACGCUUGAGAAUCCGACAGAUGAAGAGAGCAGAGCAUUGGAAGCAUUCCACAUUACGCAGAACGAGAUGAGUGGAUGGAAAUGGAUCUCGAGUACAAGGCCACAGACGAUUGCGUAUCUUCUCUCCGACUCAUCAGUGGGCCAAGCGAUGUGGAUCUACGACAAAUACCAAGACUGGACUGAUAACUCCGGUGAUCCAGUAGAUGCGCUUACACUUGAUGAGAUGUUGGACUAUCAGCGUUCAUUGGUUUUCACGAAGUGCUGGUUCCAUAUCAAGAGUAUUUUGGGAGGAUAGACACUUUAAACUUUGACUUUGGACCUGUUGAAAUGCCGGUUGCGAUACUUGUGUUUGAGAAGGAUAUAUUCAAGCACCCUAAAAAGUGGUCUGAGAAGGGUUACCCAAACAUGAUUCACUUUCACACGGUGGACAAAG